CUUGCAUCUUUUUCUUUUCACGCAGCCUUCCAUCCCCUUCCUUUCUUUCUCUCUUCUCUCCAAAUCUUGAUUUCUUAUCCAUUUCAAGAUCUCUCCCCUUCUUUAAAGCUUCUCAUUUUUAUCAUCUUCCCCCCUCCAACCUUCUUCUCCCGCUUCUCUCCUCUUCCAUUUUUUUUCGUUUCAAAUGCAGGAGCUACAGUAAUCGGAUGAACGGGGAGAGCUUGGUGACGUUGGAUAGCUUGACAUGGGGAGGCAACAAUGAAGGUGUAGACCAAGAAGCUUUGAAUGACUUGAGCAGAUCUUCUUUUCUUGAUUUUGUUUUCUUGAUUUUGUUUUCUUGAUUUUUUGGUGUGUUUUCGAAAUAAAAAGGGUUGUCUGUCUCACAGACAACAUGUAAGUGCAGUUUCUGUAUUUGUUUGUAAGACUCGUGAAGUUGUCUGUCAUUUGAAAAAAAAAUGUCUGUAAUUGACAUUUAAUUAAUUGUUUGUCAUUUGCUUGUUAGUUGCUUGUAUUUGUUUUGAGUUGUCUGCAAUGACUUGUCUGUCAUGUUUUUGUGAGGAGUCUGUAAGAGUCGUGAAGUCUUCUGUCACUUUAAAAAUACAUGUCUGUAACUCAUAUUAGUUUUUUGUCAUUUGAUUGUGAGUUGUAUGUAAUUUUUGGUGUGUAUUUUUUGAGAUGUAGUUAGUUGUCUUUAAAGUUGCCUUUGGAAGUAGAUUGGUUAAAGUUUAUAAGUCUAUAAAAAUAAUGUAUGUUUGGUUAUCUUUAUUGUCUGUCUAUAUAUACG